CUAGUGUAAAACACGAUAUUGUCAGCAAUUCACAUUAUAGGUACUGUAAGUUGUUUGAGUAAAUGAAAUUAACCUGGUUCUAAUUAUUAAAUUAGAUAGCUAUUUAACUCUUUCAUUAUUUAAUAAUUUCAUUUUAACAGAUCCCGAACUCAUCAGAGGAUUAUGCAGACACACAAUCUAAAAUGCCAAUUAGACCCCUUGUAUUAACUGAACCAAUCGGAUCCGUGAAAGUCCUGCAAAACAAUACUGUCCAAGUAAACCUCAUCCAUAUGAAUAACACAGAAGAUCCAAUUCAUCUUCUUCUAAGCAGUGACAACGGAGAGACAUUCAAAGACAUAGAACUCAAAUACUCCAACCUAAUAUUGAAUUUAGAAGGUGGUAAAGACUACAUAUUGAAAACUAAAGAGACUGGAACUAAAUUCAACUUUACUAUUACGGCAACUGACGCUGGAGCAAAUGAAGUGGCAGAUGAAGAUGCGAAUGUUGCAACUAAGGUUGGUUGCUAUCACGAUGGGACUUUUUACGCUGUCGGUGAGGAAUUCCGUAUCGGUUGUACAGAGCUCUGCGAGUGUACAGGGCAAGAUCAGAAGGAAUGUGCAGCGUUACUGUGCCCCGCGCAUGUGGGACUUGAGUUAGUGUCUAAGGGCUGUGUACGCUGGGCACCCCCGGCUCCUGCUCAACCACCUAACUGCUGCCCUCGAACUGCGCGUUGUCUCAGCAAUGGCACCUGUCACUACAAAGGAGUCCCUGUCCCUAACUGGAGUGAAGUACCUAUUGAGCUGACCGGAUGCGAACAGAGAUGUUUCUGUGAAAAUGGGGAAUUGGAAUGUCAAGAGACUUGUACGCCGUUACCUCCUGUCCCUCCGCAAACGAUGCGCUGUCCUCCGAUGCAUCGACCGGCACCAGUAAACAUUUCAGAUGAUGACUGCUGCAAGCAAUGGGGUUGUAUACCGCAUGCUGGCAGUAACAAGACGACUCAUAAGACUUUCACAAUGCCGAUUUUGGAUAUCAUGAAUUACAUAACACCCAUUGCUCCCAUUUUACCGACUAUAAGCACAUCCGUUUUACCGACUCCACCAAUGACAACCAACCCUUCAGAAUUUUAUAGACAUUUAAACACGAUCAAAGUGGUUCCUAAAUUUGUAAAAACUCCCACACCCACAUUAAACGAUAUUCCAAAGUAUUCCAUAAAUUCACUUUACAAACACAAUCACGGUGACAAUAUCACAGUAUUUGCAUUAGAAGACGCAAACGUGCCGGUAAAAAACAUUUAUCCAGACUCUUCUUUUACUGACACUAAUUGGAACUUACCCUCAUUAAAAUCACAUGACUCAAUUCAUGUAGAACCCAUUAAAAUUCCUGUACAUGUAGACAAAAUAAUACAAAGUCACUCUCACCGUCAUAACUCAUUUGUACCGUCUGAUAGUAAAAUGCACGAUAUGAUACAACAAACUGCAGUUCAUCCAUCACAUGAAAUACAAUCCUCGGAUAUACCUAAGGCGGUUUAUAAAAACGAUCAUGAAAAAAUUAUAAAAGUCCCUAUAUCAGAAAUGGAGCAUUUCAAUUACUUUGUACCGAUCAUGGAACGAAAGCCUGAAAUUCUUUCUUAUAUUAAUGAUGAAUUCAGACCCACUCCUCGUAUAGCUUCGUUGAAAUCGACACAGAGCCUUUUUAAGCCCAUUGUGGAAAAUGAAACUACUCCAAGUUCGUCCAAAAGUAUGCAACGACCACAUACUUAUGAUAGCAUCGCUCGCGAACCCAUACAAGUGUCUCGAAGUAAACAUGUUACGAUAUUACGUAAUAAAGAUUUGAAAUCACUCAAAGCAGCAGAAAAUAAUCAACUAUGGACCGAAACUACCAAAACACACUUACUGACUAAAGCCCCUAAUCCUUACGAGACAGUUCUAUUACGCGCAGUCCCAAAUGCUAAAAUAGACAUAUUAUCUAACUAUGAUCGCGAAUCAAAAUCUCCCAGGAUUGCAGAGAAAACCUAUUCAACGUUAGAUCUAGAGCAUCUUCUGAGUCAAAUGGAAGUGGAGUCAGAAGUAAAUAGAAAUCUCGGACGUUCAGCAGAUAAAAGUCGAGAUGUGGCAGGUCAAAGUCCAGAAUCUGCCUUAACAACGAAUCCACCUCACAUGCCCAGUUUUCUGCCAACCAUUCCCCCCGAGAUUCAUUUCCCUCAAGAAGACCUAUCUGACUAUGAUCAAAACAAUAUCCAUAGACCAGUCAAUACCUUGCCUGGUCUACCACCUGGUUUGUCGCCUGGUAUUCAUGGUCCUUCAUCCUUCGGUGACAACAAUAAGAAGCUAUCAGUUAUAUCGCUACAAGCGGAUUCUCCUACCAGCGUAAUGAUGCUAUUUGGUUUGCCACCGGUAUUAGUCGGCCUGCGGGGAAGAGUUGAUUUAAGAUACACUGACAAAGCUGACGAGGAUGUCUCCCACUGGUUCUCUCAAGUAUUUGCGCCAGCGGACGAGGUACUCAGCACGCCUCGGUUAGAGUUCAGACUGACGGGUCUCAAACCAUCUACAAUGUAUAAAGUAAGAGGCAAACUUUACCUUCACAACCUUCCUGUGGAACCUGAAAGUGAAAUCUAUACUGUUCGAACUCAAGACUUACCUACUGUAACGCCUGUCGAAGAAAAGCGUAGAGAGAUUGACAGCAAAUUGACUGUGGUAGAUUUUAACGAUACCAGUGCUCAUGUCAGUUGGCGGCACUUCUCCGAGGAGGAGCUACAGUUCAUUGACGGUAUUCAAGUUAGAUUGUUUAAUAUAAAGAUACCGUUAAGUUACAACCAUACAACUUAUUGGCGUGCUUCGAAGUAUCUAAAACAAGACAUACUACAUUUCAAAUGGGUGCGAGAAUUAAUAAGAAGUCCAUUUCCACGUUCAUUGAUGAUCGUCGUUGCUAAAGUUAAUGCUGUUUCUGUGUCUACAACAUUUUAA